UGUCUAUACAUUAAUGGCGGAACUACAACGCCUCUCCAUCACAACAAGUCGACCUCCAUUAAAAUUAGGGUUUCUCUUCAACUCAGUGAACUCGCGGCAGUUAUCAAUACCUAGUCUUCGAAUUCCAACAAUGGCCUGCGUCGAGAAGAAGAGCAACAGCCCCGAAGCCAAGGAACCGUUGCCGAAAAUCCAAAAGCUCGAUCGAAACGGAGUUCAAGGCGAUUCCGAAGCGUUCUUCUUCAAAGUGAAGAAACUCUCCGAGAAAGCUGUUUUACCUACGAGAGGCUCCUCUCUCUCUGCAGGAUACGAUCUCUCAAGUGCGGUCGAUUCGAAAGUUCCGGCGAGAGGCAAGGCGCUUAUCCCGACGGAUCUAAGCGUCGCCGUCCCCGAAGGAACCUACGCGAGAAUCGCUCCGAGAUCUGGUCUCGCCUGGAAACACUCGAUCGAUGUCGGAGCUGGAGUGAUCGACGCCGAUUACAGAGGACCUGUUGGUGUGAUUUUGUUCAAUUACUCCGAUGUUGAUUUCGAGGUGAAGAUUGGAGAUCGAAUUGCGCAGCUGAUAAUCGAGAGGAUCGUGACGCCUGAAGUUAUGGAGGUUGAUGAUUUGGACUCUACUGUUCGUGGUGAAGGAGGUUUCGGGUCUACUGGUGUUUGAGUUUCUCUUCUCGUCUUCUAGCUUUUGAGUAUCUCAGUGAAUUUAGGGUCAUUUGCUGUAAUAGUUCUUGCUUUCAUCUUCAGACUUUUAAUCUAUUGAUCUUUUCUUCAUUACAAGUUCACAA